AUGCAUUUCUCAUCUCUCCUCGCUGGCCUUGCCACCUUCACUGCAGCCGUGGCCGCUAUCCCUGCAGAGAACCCUCACGUCGGCGUCGCCAUCCUGACCGUCAACGAACCCGAGGACAGCACUCUUCCUCUGAACGUCCCUCUCGGUGUUCUCACCCACCAGAAAAACAACAAGCUCACUGAGCUGCAGUUCGCUAAUGUCUAUUCUACCGUCAAGGGUGUCAAACCUCCCAAGAUGGACCAGAUUAGAUGUCAGAUGUACAAGGAUCAGUAUGGUACUGUGCCUAUCACCAAGGAUCUCACUGCGGAGGAUGGUGUUGUUAGUAAGAAGCCGAUUUAUCUCGGCUGGGUUCUCUGCCGUGUCAAGGCGCAGAAGUAG